AUGGCCUCGACGUCGAUUUCCAAGAAGCGCAAACGCGACGAGGAAGGCCCGAAGGUAUCUUUUCGCGUAGCAGAGCAAAAGGGCUCGGGGAAUGGGCCUGUCCUAGCAAGUUUUCCGGCUGUGGAACCGCCACCAAAGACUCCGUUUAGAUGUUAUGCUCCGAAAAGACAUCGCAGUGACGAGGGCGACAGUGAAGCCGGACCCCAAUCCGUUACAAUAGCUGGCGAGACCGAUACUGUUGAGUUCUCAACCAUAGAAGGCAUUGAGGCUGGGGCGGGAUGCAGGUAUCUAAUUGGAAUACACGACAAGCGAACGAAUAAAACGGUUAUCCGACCUGCUCCCCUGCAUGUGUUCUCUCGUCAAGUCAAAGCUCUGAAGGGACUCCAGCCCGCACCAGUGACUGCUGCCCAGCGUAUUGAGGCGCGUAAUGCUCUCGGUGAAAUAUUUGGGACGAAGAAAGCGAAGGCUGCAAUUCGUGCCCAUGAGCGGAAUAAAGUCGACGUGUCUGCUAUGCAAAAUGUGGCCGGCCACCUCCAGGACCGCAUCGAGAGUAGUACCACAACCCUUCCUACCAAAGAGGAAGCCAAAGCAACUGCCGACAGCAGUCGACUCAUUCCCCGAUACAACGGGGACGCUGCCACUCCCGAGGACGUCUACGGCCUGCACGACAUCAUACCCGAACUGGAAUGGAAUGCUUUGCCUAUUUCCGCCUUCAUGGCUGCUCAGACUCAGCGUGAUCGUGUAGCGCUCCUGCCUUAUACGAGGUCUACAUGGGUUAAUCAACACCUGCAACUCGCGUUUUCUGCUCCCAAGGUCAAUAGGAGUACAUUAAAAAUCCUUUUCUACAUCUCGUCGAUGUUGGCAUUCCGGAAUAUCGCGCCGAAGAAAAUGUCAGACAAGCAAGCUCUGCAAGAGCGUCUAUCUAGGAUCCCGAGUGUCAUACUCGAUGGUCUGCUGUCAAGGUUCUCCGAAACCGCUAGGGACUCUGAUCAAUUGCGAUCUACGCCUCAGACGGAAACCAGCUUACUGACGCACAUGUUCGCGCUGUGCCUGCGAGUGGACGACUACGCGACCGACACCACCCUGGUAGCGUCCGACCUGAGUAUGCAAGUUGCAAAGGUCAACGCACUUUUCAAGUCCUUGGGUUGCAAGAUUGAGAAACUCAGCAUGACGGAGCUGAAACGACUUGGUCUUCCAGAUAGUGCUGCAGCGACGAAACGGGCGGUUCUCAAAAUACCGCUCGAGUUCCCAAGACCGAGAGCCAAGCGCCGCACAUAAACAGGCCAAGCUGGCAUUCAGUCACACAUCCCCCCAUUAUUAACCUCCUGUUGUACGCAGUACAAAUACACUGGAACGCUCUGCUAUUUAGGUACAUCAUUGCGGAUGUUUCUUACAUUCCAAAAUUACGCUGGCUCGUUCCCAUGCAUUCCAG